UGUGUGUGUGUGUGUGUGUGUGUGUGUGUGUGUGUGUGUGUGUGUGUGUGUGUGUGUGUGUGUGUGUGAGAGAGAGAGAGAGAGAGAGAGAGAGAGAGAGAGAGAGAGAGAGAGAGAGAGAGACCGGGAGUCCUGAUCCUGCAGCAGCAUACUGUAGCUGCAGGUAAAGGCAACUUUCAGCUCCCAGGUGUCAGGACUGUAAACCCAAGUUUACUCUGAAAACUUCAGAGUCAGUGUCUGCCUCCAUGAUGUUUUUACAAGAAAGCUAGCAGUUUCCUUCUCAACGUUGUGUUGUACUGGUUUCAUGGCUUUCCUCACCAACAUCACCAUCCUGCUGGUUCUGGCUUGUAUUUCCCAUCAGCUGGUAAUGAGCAGCUGUCAGAAGACCCAUGGACGGAGGGGAAGAGGGGUGGACAGAGGGCAACACAAGGACAGGCCAGGGCUGAAGGUGGGCCGUCAAACCAAAUCUGUGUCUACGCAGCCCAUUAAGGGCAAAAUGGUCACCAAAGACAAAUCAGAGUGUACCUGGGCAGCAACAGGUGAGGACCUCUUCAUCCUCGGUGUCACUUGCAAGAAGGGGAGCAGGAGCUUUAGCUGUGAGUACGUCGCCAGGCCCUCUGUUUGCCCCCGGUAUGUCUCUAAUGUCAAACUUUACUGGAAGCAAAUGGCCAGGGCGCUGAAGAAGCAAAAGAAUUUGUGCCAGGACAGUAGUGCGUUGGUGAGGGCGGGUAUGUGCAGAAGAGCUGCCAGAGAUGCUCAUUUCAGACUGCGUAAUGCACAGAGGAAGACUGACCUGCCUUCCACCCCACGGCCUGCACCCAGACCUGUCAAAUCCUGUCAACCUGAUAACAAGAAGCUGGCAGAGGAGUACUGCAAUGACUCUUGGUCGAGUGUUUGCACGUUCCUUUUCACUAUGGUGCAGGAUAAUGAUUGCUGAGACAGAAAAAGGUGCAUGAAAUGGAGGUUUCUGCAGUUACAUUAAUACUUAUAAUAGAUUGUUUAAAGAUUCAGUAGAUUGUAUGUAGACAGCACACCCUUUGAUGUAUUUCUCCACAUUGUUAACAAUGGUUCUACCUCCUAAUAAACACCUUUUCUAUCUAUUG